UUGCGCUUUCUUGCAUUAUGUUUCUAUUCCUUGCCUUACGUGACACGAGUUAAUAUAACUGGCUAUACUAUAGGUCUUUGCGCUCACUUUUAUCAGAUGACCUUGAAGGCCCUGAUAUUGCCAAUUGAGAUUAAAUUUCCCUUUUAUAUAUGAUGCUUAAUUGUACAGAAAAGAAGUAUAGCAGUCAAUCUUUCUCUGAGCUACAAAAUUCACUAAUCUUAGCAAAUGGUAGCAGAGCUUAACAGCUACACGACACCAUGAACCGAUGUGAACUCCUAACGAUUGUUGAUUAUGCCCUUGCCCACAGCAAUGAGUGCGCGAGUGCUAAGACCCCCACUGCCAGCUGCCCUUUAUGUCAUCGCACGGGCAGUUGGCGUGCACAAUCGCGGCUUGCUAGUGCGCGAAACCUACUUUGCUCAGGGUAUAGCGGCACCGACGCUAGCGCCUCGGGGGGGCUCGAUCUUAUCACUGCACUAUCGAUCCAUGACGUUUUGCCCAACAUUUCUGCGCAGACUGUGGAUGUCUGUGGAGGGGCUAUCCGGGUGAGUGGCUUUGCGGACAUCGUGCCCUGGUUUGCUGCUUGCGGCCAGCAGUUGCGGACCGUGGCGGACUGGUUGCCCCCUGCCAGCACGACGCCUCGUAACAGCUGUGCAUCCAUAUAUAGGGGCCCUCUACUGCCGAUGCCACCAUCGUUGUACCCUAAACUGUUUGAGCAUCUGACUAGGGAGCCGCCUUCCUCUCAUCCUGGGAUUGGAGCCCUCCAACACAAGCCUGCAGUAGGCGACUUAUUGCUGUCGGGUGAUUUUGUCUACGGAUGCUGCUUCGGCGGGACACUGUGGCUGCCAGGCUUCGCCCGUUCGAUAUCAUCAGAUCUAUGGACAAUAGAGGGCCUGUUGUGCGGUUUCACGGCGUGGCUGCCACUCCGCGGGGGGCACCUCCCCGUGGGCCACCGUGUGUGGUUAUACAACGGUGCCGAGUGGUGCCUCCCUGCAACUUUCCGACCGGCUGACAUCCGACAUUAUGAUUCAAUGCUAGCUCUCCAGUUCCUUGUGCGCAUGUGGUGGCCAACCUUAUCGCCUCUUCCACUAAGCGAUGAAGCCGGGAUUUUCGGGUGCCUCGCCUUCGUCAGCGGCCUCGUCCACAGCACGGCUCCUCCCAGAGCACUCAGUGGGGCGGCGCUGGUACAGGCGUGCACCCAGCUCCUCGACCCCCUAGAGGCCGCCGCCACUCCCUCCGCAUUCGGUGGAUCUUCCCUGUACCUCGAUGGUGGCAGGCUCGCUCGGCUCGUGAUUCAGGCCUGGGAAGACAACCUCCAGCAAGAGGCUACAUCUGCAGGGCUGAUGUCGACGACCUCGGUGUUGUAUGUGCUGACCUCACGACGCCACAACCGACUGUUACAUUGCCACCUUGCUGAGGCCCUGGCCAAGCCUGUUACAUUUCCUCAGGUCCAGGGACAGCUAGCAGGAAUAUUCCGAAUCCUCACACAGAAGACCUCCCUGCCGUACGACCAGUGGCAAUCGCUCAUCGAAGACCAGAUUAAGUGUGAUUAUGAGUGGUUCGUGUCUCUCUCGCCCUCAUGCGUUCCUACGCUUGUUGCUACAGUCCGCUCCCUCGGCUUGGCCCUGAACUCACUCAUCCGUCAUGUUCUUACCCACGCCGGUAUUCUCUCAAGACCUGUAGUUGCAUCUGACUUGUGGUUCCCUUUGUUAUUUCUCGGUCACUUAUGCAUCAUAUUAUACCUUGUUCACUUAGUACAAGCUAUGGGCUUUGUUAGGCGAUAAGCUUUGUUCACUAUAUAUAGAUAGAAUGAGCCGCAGAUAUUUCAGUUAUACACGGUCAAUAUUAU